GCAGGUUUCUGGCUGAAGCAGAGCGCGUACCUGGAGCAGCCCACCGUGCGGUUCCGGUACGAGGUGCUCUUCGUGGCCACCAUCGGGCCCGGCCCGGGCAGCUUCUUGGCGUGGAGCACGUUCCCAACGUUCAACAGGCUCCAGGAGGAGCGGCUGCGGGUCCCACUCCUGUCGACUAGAGAAGAAGACAAAAAUCAAGAUGGCAAAAUGGAUCAGUUGCAUUUUAAAUUGGAGCUUCCGCUGCAACCUACAGAGCAUGUAGUUGGUGUUCAGCUGAUUCUACUCUUUUCCUACCAUCUUUAUAGAAUGUCAACACUUGUGAUGCAGAGCAUGGCUUUUCUUCAGUUCUUUUCUCCUGUGCCAGGGUCUCAGCUCUAUAUGAAUGGAGACCUGAAAUUGAACCAGAGGCAAUUACUUAACCACUGUGGACUGGAUACCAGAUACAAUGUGUCUGUGGUCAAUGGCACAAGUCCUUUUGCGCGUGACUAUGAUCUAACAAACAUCAUUGCAGCUUAUUGGGAUAGAAAUGUGACAACAGUCUUUUCAGAUCCCAACCCUGUUUGGAUGACUGGAAGAGCAACAGAUACACCAUUUAUCAUUAAUGCCACUAUUCAUUACCCAGUGGAAGUUAUCUUAUAUCAGCCAGGAUUUUGGGAAAUGAUUAAAUUUGCCUGGAUCCAGUAUGUCAGCAUUCUCCUUAUCUUUCUUUGGGUAUUUGGUAGGAUUAAAAUGUUUGUGUUCCAGAAUCAGGUGUUGACUACAAUCCCAGUAUCACCAGUUCUGCCAGUGUCUCCAGUACUGUCCUACAAACAGCACCAGUCCUGAGAUGCCUGAGAACACUUUAAAGA